AUGCGGCUCCCCGCGCCUGCGCUAGCCCCCGCCUGGCACGCCGCCAAUGUUCUGGCGCGCAGCGGCAGCGUAGCCAGCUCCGAGGUCCGGCUCGACGACGCGGACUCAGCGCUCGACCUGCAAACACUGAGCUUCUUAGUGGGAGCCGCGGCGUUGUGGGGCACCUAUCCGACCUGCGUCAAGCUGCUCUACUCGGCGGGCCCUCCGCUCGACCCGAGCAUCGUUGUGCUUCUCCGCUUCAUAAUCAUGGCCGCUGUCUCGUGCUCCGCGCUGUUCGCGACCACGCCGCGCUUCACGCUCCUCCGGCGCUACGUCACGGCCGCUGAGGCGGCGUCGAUGGCGUGGUCGGAGCAGCUGGAACGGCGUGUACCGGCGAGCGUCUACGCGCUCGAGCUUGGUAUCCUCGGAGGGCUGGGCACCUUCCUGCAGACGCUCUCGCUCUCGCAGAUCCCGGCGCUCACCGCCGCGGUGCUGUACUCGACUGUCAACGUGAUCACCCCGGCGCUGGCGGCGCUGGCGGGAGCGAACGCACAGGAGCGGGAGGUGAGCGCGCGGACGUGGGCCGGCUGCGCCCUUGGCCUGAUCGCGUCCUGCUGGGCCCUCGUCCCUGACGUGGGCCUGCUGCCGCAGUCGCUGCCGGCGAGCGUCGGCGGCGGCGAGGGCACGAUGCUGGCGGCGAGCUUCUGCUAUGCGGCGAGCAAGGUGCGGCUCAGCUCGCACCUCCGCCACCACCCGCCCGACGACAUCGCCGUCGGCCGCCUCGUCGGCCAGGCCGGCUGCGCCGCAGCCUUCCUCGGCUUGGUCGACAAGACGCAAGCCGCGGGCGGCCUCGCCGAGCCUGCAGACGCCGUCCUCGCCGAGCUGGUCACUUGGGCGAACGGCCUCCUCCUCGCCUCCUCCCUCCUCUCCGGCGCGGGAGCGACCUGGUUCCAGUCCAACGGGCAGCGAAAGGCGUCGGCGCCAAAGGCGCAGCUCUGGUUUGCGAUGACGCCCGUCUUUGGCGCCGUCUGGGCGUACCUCAUUUUGGGCGAGGCGCUCACCUACCACGAGUGCACGGGCGCGGCGCUCGUCGUGGGAGCCAUCAAAAAAGGAAAAGUUCGUGAGAACGAAAAGCACAAAACGCGGAAACGAAAAAAGUCGAGCGUUCCAAUUCUUGUUUUUCGGGUCUAA